ACAUGGCAAUUCGUGAACACAAAUUCACAAAAACCUAAAACCCACUCUUGCUUACAAACCCAAUCAGUUCUCUGUCCACUCUCCUCCACUCUCCUCCACUCUCUUGGCUCUCUCUUUCUCUCGAUAGACACGUAAUGAAUUUAAAAUUUUGAAAAACACAGAAAGAAAUUUGUGUAAAAAAUAUUGGAAUACGAACAAACUUUUUGAAAUAUGGAUUCGCUCCUCCUAUAUUUAAAAUAAUUGUAGUGCUUUCAUACGUACGUUCAAAGACAAAAAUGGAGUGUGUAGAACUAGAAGCAUUUCUCGGUGAUUUUUCCGUCGACGAUCUUCUCGACCUCUCUAACGCCGACACUGCUUUCGUACGUGAAGAGUCGUCUUCAUCUCAAAGAGAAGAAGGCGAACAAGAACGUGAGAAAGCUAAGAGCUUUUCCGACCACAGUACCCGUCUUUCACCACUGGAGGAACUCUUAUCUUUUCACGGCGACGUUCCAGUUGGUGAUUUGGAGGACCUAGAGUGGUUAUCCAACUUCGUGGAGGAUUCUUUCUCAGAAUCUCAUCUUUCCAGUGAUUUUCCGGUGACUCCAGUCGCGUCAGUGGAGGUUCAGAGACAGUGCGUUCCGGUUAAACCUAGAAGCAAACGCCGCCGCAUCAACGGCCGUAUCUGGUCUCUGGAGUCUCCAUCUCGGCUGCUAUCCACCGCCGCUGCCAAAGAGAAGAAGAGAUGGAGACAGAAGGCGGAGGCAUCUUGCGGUGGCGAAGUCCAGCAGCAACAGCCGAGGCGGUGCUGCAGCCAUUGUGGAGUCCAGGAGACGCCUCAAUGGAGAAUGGGUCCAUUAGGUGCGAAAACAUUAUGUAAUGCUUGUGGGGUCCGGUUUAAGUCGGGUCGGCUUUUACCCGAAUAUAGACCCGCUUGUAGCCCAACAUUCACCACCGAGAUUCACUCGAACUCUCACCGGAAAGUGUUGGAGCUGCGACUCAUGAAAACGGCGGAUCCGGGUCGGGUUUAACCCGUUUUGUUUUUCUAUCUUAACAUUUUAACAAUUUCUUAUGCAUGGUGUUAAUCUUGUAAGCAGAGAAUCAGAGAGGGAUCCGUAGACUGCUUUCAGAUUUAUGAACUUAAGCUAUAAUUAGAGACAAUUUUAUUUUUAUA